CGACGUUUGAUUUCGUAAAUACUUUUCAUGCCUUAUUUCGUCAAGUUAUCGUGUUGGAUUUCGGUAACUUUUACCUCCAGGUUCGAGUGAAAAAAUAAAGCAGUAAAAGUGAAUCAUUAUAUGCUUAAAUAUUAGAAGUUUAAAGACCAUACAUUUGUUCCAGUUUGAAGUUUUAACCAACCUACCCAGCUAGCUGAGAAGAAGCCAACAAUGUAUGGGGUAACGCACUUAAUCCCGGCAAGAUUCUUGUGUCUUAUUGCACAUUUAGUGGUCGCCGUAACCAUUCUCUGGGCUAGAGAUGCUAAUGUGAAAGCUUCUUUGCCGUUAGUGUAUACCCAAGAAGACUAUUAUAACAUCGACACGGGGUUGAUAGUGGGCUUGAUAUUGACGCUUGUGUUUCUGGCUCUGGAGCUGGUUGGAUUCGUCUCUGGCGUCACAAUGUUUGUCAAUUUGGAGUCUCUUUUUUCUAUUGUAGCCCAUGCUUCGGCGUGCAUAGCCCUUUCCUACUUUCUCUUUGAGGAGUGGCCAAUUAACAUGUUCUGGCCAGUCUUUGCUUUCUGCAGUGCCCUUCCAGCUGUAGUCGACACAGUCCUUAUGAUCAAAAAGGUUUUCCUCACCAAAUCGAGCUGAUCAUUGCCUCCGUGAAGUGUCAGGCCUGGCCUUCACUUAUUUGACUUGAAUCAACUGUUACAUUAUUAUCUUUUGAGCCAAAUAGAGUUAAGAUUGGCCGAGUGGUCAAGCUGUGGUGUUUCGGACCAGCAGAGUGUGGGUUCGAGUUCCGGCCUUGACACUUGUGUCCUCAAGCA